AUGCCUCAGGAUAUGCCCCCAACGGGGGGCUACGCCCAAGUUCAGUACAAGCGGAACCUCCCUGCCCGCGGCUUCAAGCCCGUUUACUACAUGAUUGGCAUGCAUAUGAUUAUGGCCUACGGCUUCUACAAGUACUUCCACGGUGUCCGGGAGCAGCACGAGCUCGCUCGUGAGAAGAUGUGGUCCCGUCUGCACAUCACUCCUCUCCUCCAGGCCGAGGAGGACCGCGACCAGGUCCGUCGUCACUUCGCCGACCAGGCUCGCGCCAACGAGCUCCUCGGCUCCGAUGCCAAGGUCUACAACUCUGACCGCUUUGUCCGCCCUACUUUCGCCUAUACCCCCGCCAGCGUCACUCAAUAA